AUGGCGCACCUGGUCCCGAUUGGCGGCUGGCGCCUUUCACAGCGGGCUGCGCGCCUGUGCCGGUGCUCCCUGACUCCCUCGGUGGCAGGCGCUACCCGCAGGCCGCAACCGGAGUUCGCCGCGGCGCCGCCGACCGUCCAGUCGCCCACCGCACUGGUGCUAGGGUUUGGGGUUGGCCGGUUGGGGAAUGGGGAAAAGAAUACCGGAGUCGGGAGGAGCAGCGAGGAGCCGAGCGCGAGUGCGCGGGAGACGUCUCCUGGUGCGGGUACGGUAAGCAAAAUUUUGGGCUUCUGGGCCUUAUUGGGCCUUCGGAUGGGGAGGAAAAGGGUUAGGAAAAUGUGA